AUGGAAGCGAGCUUCCGAAAGCUUCCGAGAGCUUCCGAUUCCGAUUCCGAUUCCGAAGCGGGAAGCGGUCAUCGGACGAAGCUUCCGUGCUACGUAGCUCUUACCAACUGGUUAAACCCUCUGUCUCACAUAGAGGUUCUUGACGUUCUCCAUCAAAAUUCUCGAGGAAUAAUCAAUCAAUUGCGCCGCGACUCCCAAAAUCCAGAAAUGGCGGCGAGGUUCAUGUUCCGACGGAGUUCUCAGAUCCUUCGAUCGAUCCAAAGACAUCCUCAAAUCUCACCACCCUUCGAAUCUCCGACGCCGAUUCUCUAUUCGUUGACCACCGCCUCACCAGAUCUAUCCCGAUUGUCUUCCUUAACCCUCCUCCGAUCUUUCUCAAUCGCCCGUCGCGGCCCAACGCGUCCUAAGAAGGUCGACAUCGGAGCUCGGGCGCGUCAGAUGCAGAAUCGCCGGUUAUGGACUUACGCCCUAACCUUCAGCUGCAUCGCCGGUUUCGUGGUUAUCGUCCUCAAUCAGUUCCAGGAUCAGCUUGUCUUCUACCUGACGCCAUCGGACGCAAUGGAGAAAUUCGCAGAGAAUCCGACGAAGAACAAGUUUAGGCUCGGAGGUCUGGUUCUAGAAGGAAGCGUCGCGCAGCCGGCGGCGUCUCAGGAGAUGGAGUUUGUGAUUACCGAUCUGAUCACUGAUAUUUUGGUCAGGUAUAAAGGAUCGUUGCCGGAUCUGUUCAGGGAAGGUCAUUCCGUUGUGGUUGAAGGUUUCAUCAAGCCGUAUACUGAUGAAAUAAGAAAGGACAUUUCCACAAAACCAGUUUCGCAGAAAGCAAGGAACCUCGAUUGCUUCUUCUCGGCGACGGAAGUUCUGGCUAAGCACGACGAAAAGUAUAUGCCUCAGGAGGUUGCGGCGGCGAUUGAGAAGAAUAAGAAGAUUAUUGAAGCGAGUGAACAAGCGGCGAAAGUGGCGGCUGCGUAG